UUAAAAUAAUAUUUUACAAUUAUCCUAUAAAAUAUAGUGUUCACCGAGGGACCAGCUGAAGAAGAUACAAAAUGCAGAAAAGCCGCAAAAGAACGCAACAGUUCCAACUUAAAUCAGGCGAAUCUGAAACAAAAUCAGCCAAAAUCAGCAUUUCCACAAAACAAGAGCCAUACCCAACUCACCUUCGACCCACUCCCGAAGAAUGCCUAGCUAUCCGAGACUCUCUUUUGGCUUGUCACGGCUUUCCUCAAGAGUUCGCCAAGUAUCGAGAGCAGAGACGGAAUUUAUCCUCCUCUGGAAUCGACAGUGAUGCCCACAAUGGCGUGAAAUCAGAGCCUGGGGAGGAAAGCGUUUUGGAUGGUUUGGUAAAAACCCUGCUUUCCCAGAAUACUACCGAGGUUAAUUCUCAAAGGGCUUUUGCUAAUCUGAAAUCUGCUUUUCCUACAUGGGAAGAUGUACUUGCUGCUGAAUCGAAAUGCAUAGAGAAUGCCAUAAGAUGUGGAGGUUUAGCUCCAACAAAAGCUUCUUGCAUUAAGAACAUAUUGAGUUCCUUGCUUGAGAAAAAUGGCAAACUAUGCUUGGAGUACCUUCGAGAUUUGUCAGUUGAAGAAAUUAAAGCUGAGCUGUCUCAUUUCAAGGGAAUUGGGCCCAAAACGGUGUCUUGUGUUUUGCUGUUCCAACUUCAACUAGACGAUUUCCCUGUGGACACACAUGUGUUUGAAAUUGCAAAGGCCAUUGGCUGGGUACCUGGAGUGGCAGACAGGAAUAAGGCAUACCUUCAUCUCAACCAACGGAUUCCCAAUGAGCUUAAAUUUGAUCUGAAUUGUCUUCUAUUCACACAUGGUAAGCUUUGCCGUAAAUGCACCAAGAAAGGAGGCAACCAGCAAAGAAAGGAAUCCCGUGAUAACUCCUGUCCGCUACUAAACUAUAGCAUAAACUUUAGCGUUAAGACAACUGGGGAAAUAAAUUAAUGAUAUUCUAUUUAUCAGCCUUAAGUGGCCCUGGUCUUAGUUCAGUUUUUGGCUCAAAAGUUUCUGUUAACUGGUCAUCCGUAAGAUUUGGAUCAGCGGACCAAAUUGGGGGUUUGCUUGCAAAAAAGAGAUCAGAUUGAGGACUACUUAAACGUACAAUUUUAGGUGGAGGUGGAGGUGAUUUAUAGGAACAAUGCAGAAUCCUGCCGUUUAUUUUCAUAGGUUAUAUACUUAUAUGUACAUUUGAUUCGUGCGGUUCAAUAUUUAUGUUUAUAUUUUUUUUCCCGAAAGAAAGAAAGCAAUCUGGGGUGAAUUUUUAAGAGAGGAAAAAAAAAAUAGGGGGAGCAAUCAGUAAUUAAAAGCAUUUAUUGGUAGAAGUAGUUAUGGGAUAACAACAUAAUCCCAUAGAUUCAACUUUCAUCGUUUCCCAAAGGCUUUAAAGUGUGUUGUGCAACUAUCAAGCACAAUAACUUUUGUUAAUACAUAAAAUAAUGGUAGUUGAAGACUUGAAAUAGCUGUAAUUAUAUGCAUAUGGGUAAUAAAAUAUGGUUUUUGUGUUGUGUGGAGAUAUGCCCAGAUCUUUUUUAAGAAAAAUACUCUAGUGUGCAGUUCCACUAGCAUGAGACUCUGUAAGAAUUGUUGUAGAAGGGCUUAAUGAAGUACCAGCUGUUAAGAUAAUGUGAAAUUAAGGAGAAAAAAUUAUUGUCUGCUGGUCUGUGUCUAGUGGAAAUUAGUUUGGAAGUUAGUGCUGCAUAGCUAACAAUACCUCCACAACUUUUUGACUUUUUGAGUUAAUUUUUUAUUUUUUUAAUCAUUGUUAUCCUUUGAAUUAAUGUUUAUGUUCUUCAAAAUGCUCAAGUGGUACCACAGCUGUAUGUCAAGGUGCUAAACUCCUUAUAGACUGUUUCUUUGUUACUAUUAUUUUGGUGCACCUAUUCUGGAUUGUUAAAAAAAGAUCUUGCAUCUCUUUAAUGGGUAAGGUUGAUCAGUGUCAGCUGUGGUAUAUGCCAAAUAUCUUUAUCUGAGAAGCAUGAUGGCUCGUUCAUCUUUUCUUCGAAAAAAAUAAUAAUAAUCCUUUUGAGGACUCCUUUGGCUACUUCAAGUUUGUUCAGGUUUGAAAGUUGUCCUGUUCUGCUCUAAUAUACAUCAUUCGACCCAAUUCAGAAUGCUAUAAAUAAAAAUAGACUGAAAUUUAUAGGAAUAUGAGAUAUUCUGAGAAUUCAUUUUGGGGGAACUUAGGGAGAUAUUUCUUGUAAAUCCACUUUCUUGCUUUUCGGCCUCCUUUUGCUUUUAAGGCCAUUAGGCCGUUUACGCUAUUGUGUCUGAGAAUUCACAUGGAGGUGAAACUAACGAGAUUAUUUGGUUUUGAGGUGAUUUCUGACACCGUGGGUGAGAAAAGGCUCAAGGGUUUUGAAGAUGGGGAUCGCAGUGUAGAGUCAUUUGGUGAAGAAAACGGAAUUGGAAAGUCCUUGGAUAAAGCUUCAUAUGAAAUGGACAAAACUGCAAAAGAGAAAAUUUCAAGGCAUGAACUGGAGCAUAAGAAGUAUGAAUGUCAGUUUUGCCCGAAGGAAUUUAGGAACCCACAAGCAUUUGGGGGCCACCAGAAUGCCCGCAAGAAGGAGAGGCUAAAAAGGAGAAGAAUGCAGCUUCAAGAAAAGAGCAAUUCCUGUAACUUUUACCUUGAUCCUUCCCAAGCUCAAAACAAUCCUGUUUACCGUAAUUCUCUUCCAUGGUUUGAUGCUUCCUCUUCUUAUGUGCCGGACUUCAUGCUUAAUGGGGAGUCUUUUAUUAGCUUCAACCUCUCACAUCAGAGUCAAAGCCUUUGCUAUCAUACAUCCUAUGUGUCCAAUCUAUUGCAUGUCCUUCAAAUCUGCAAACAGGACACCUCUAACAGAUCAUUGUUGUCUGGCCUUCUCCUUCAUAUAUUUCCAAGGACUGCCAUUAGGGCUCCCAAAAACACUGAUACCUGAUCAGUAUUUUCUCUAGAAAUGAGUAUAAUUGAGUCAGAAGAAUGUAAAUGAGACUUUUUUUUCCCGUUGUCAAAUUUGGUACUGCAUCUGAUCAUAUUUAUUUUCAGAAGAGACAGAAUCGAGAUUUAUUCGACUCCUGUGGGAAGUUUUGAGGAAGAAUUUUCUUUUUAUAUGCUUUUUAUUAGUAGGAUAGGAUACUUCUAACUCCUGUUAUGUUGCUUCCCAGUGGUCUGGAACUCUGGAUUCUGGAAAGCAUAUAUUCAUUUGUCGAGAGUGUUAGUAUGAAGUCCUUGAUUUUUUUUUUUUGGGAGAUCGAGCAAGCUUUUUGCCAUCCCCAUUUUAUCAGUUUACUUAUCCUCACUUUAAUUUACUUCUCACUGGGAGACGUUAGUCGUUGGACCAUGCUUUUGUUGAAUGUCCGGUGGUACUGGUUAGGGAUUGUUGGCUAGGAUAGAUUCCGUCAAUUCUAAAUGAGUCUGCCAAUGUUGAGUCUAAUUUGCCCCGGGUCCUUGCUUGCAUGGUUCUGUGGUCAAUUUGGAAACACAGAAAUGAUGUAUUAUGGAAUAGUUAUCAGGUGUCAGUUCCCCAAGUGUUGAAUGUUGCUUCAUCAUUCUUGCAUAAUUGGUUAUCUGCCUGGUCUCUCGUGAGGAUGCUAUACUACUUAGUGUUCGGUUGGCAGAAAGCAGAUGGGGGCUAUGAGAGGCCUCCAACUGGUUUUGUCAAGUGCAAUGCGGAUGCUUCCUUAUUGUCUAAUGGGAGCCGGUUGGGUUGUGCGUAAUGAAGAGGGAGCUGUGGUACAUGCAUGUCAGCACAGGUAUGAUGGUUCGAGGAUCCGUAGGUGGCAGAGGCAAUGACACUAAGGGCAGCUUUACAUUGGGUAGGGGACCGUCUGUUGGUUUUUGAGCUUGACUCACUGCUGCUUGUUUAAGCCUUGAGAGCAAAGGUGAGGGAUGCUUCAUAUUUCGGAGCCCUAUUGGAUGAAUGUAAAGAUUUGUCGAGAAACUUUACACAUUUUUUUAAGCAGACUAUUGCAAAUAUUGUCGCUCA